AUGGAAGGGGUUACGAUCAGUCUCAAGAAGCUAUGUAGCUACUUAUCGAGCAUCAAUGUUAUGACAAACGCGGUCGACCUGCUACAGAGCCACCAACUGAACCAAGAUCUCGACACUGUCUCACAUACUGGCAUCAAGUUUAAGAGUAUGUGGAAGGAAUGCAGUCGUCGAUUCUCUACUGCUGAGGAAGAAUGCAAACUUUCUGGGUCACACGACGAGUUCUGGGAGUUUGUCACGCGCCCGCAUAUGACCCGCAAAGAAAUCUACCAGUUCAAUGGCAAGCCCUCCAAUACGGUGGGUCCGCAGGACAUCUGUCGGAAUGUGCCGUGUGGCUCAAUCCUCGGCAUCAGUUAG